GUUUUUACUAAGCUGCCGCAGCAAAAUUAGAUAGAUUCGAAUGUACGUGUAAGAAAUUAUCAAAAUUGUACGAGUUUGUCAGAAUGGUUAUUCGGCGACAUUUUGUGCUAUGGAUUCUUUGGCUUGUGGUUCAAAUGGCGUCAACUCUCGCUUUUACUUCGCACAAUCAGCAAAGGGAAACGGAGCUACGGACAAACAGAAUACAGCUUCAAGAGCCUUCAUUCUUAUACACUGCGGACGGCUCUUCGCGUAAAUUCGUUCAGCGGCUGCUUCUCCGGCGGCAUAUCAGUAGGAUACGACGGUUUCUCGGUUUACUUUCGCGUGCGGCAAACCAGGCACAAGAUGUUCAAACAAACGAGUCUAACCGCGACAGAAGCGCUAGGAGCUUGCGGUCGCUUGACCGUCAGACUUUGGACGGGGGAAUCAACACUGAUACAAUACCCAACUUCAAUGACACAGCAUCAGCCAGCCUGCCUUAUUCAAAAAGUCUGCCCUUCGUCGAUUUUGGCACAGAGUCGCCAGCAGCGGUCUCCGGGGAAAACACAUCAUCACCGGAAAAGUUACGACUUCAGACCACAACGGCUUCGGCUGCACCAUCUCAUAUCAAAGACCCCGGCGAGAAUUUUAUAAAAGGGAAUGGAUCAAAGUUAAAAGCAACGGACAACCGCUAUAAUUACAGCAAGCGUAUUCCAUCAGCCAUAUCAAGUUCCCGGCAAAAUAACGCUUCUCGCUUGCCCUUCGCAAUCGGCCGACUCCGACGGCUGUUAUUAAGGCAUAAUGUAACUCGCGAACAGUCGGCUUUAAUAUUAAAUGACAUAAGAGCCUUCUACAGAUCCAGGAGCCAUGGCUCUAACGAAACCAGAAAGGAUUCACGAAUAUCCAACUGGCUGACGAGCGUCAAAGCCGCAAGCGAACAGCAUAUAAGACACGGCUCGCCCCGAAAAAGAAACAGCGGGUUUAACCCUGUCCCAAUGUCAGAAGUAAUUAACUCCUACAUUCUACCCAAUCUCGAACACACGCCUACAAGCCGCAGAAAAGGCCGCAGAUUUAAAAAACGGAAAAACAAAGGCCGUAAACGGAACCGACAAAACAAUAGAAAACUUGCAACUGCGAAUAAAAUUGUCCCUGAUUUUGGAACUUUGCCCCAGGAGAGCAAAGGGGCAGACAAAGGUGGUGUCGUUGGUGGUGGUAACAGUGGGGAAAGGCUACACAACACGCUAUACAUUAAACGAUCCUCAACUACGAUGCGAAUUCUUCCGAGCGGCAGAGUACACGGGUCACGAGACAUCGACGUUUACUGUAUCGUACGAUUUCAGACCAUUGGACAAAAGGGCAACCUGAUCGUCAAAAUUCGUGGAGAGAAAAGCGGUCUCUACCUGGCCAUGAAACGUAAUGGGAAACUCUACGCCACGAGAGACUACAACAACCCGGACACUACUUUCGAGCAUAUCUAUUCACCAUCUGAGUAUGAUGCAUACCGCUCGCAAACACAACGGUUUUUCGUGGCCUUCAAUCGCGCCGGUGAGUCGGUCCGCUCAAGGUCGCUGGAAAAAGCAAACACGCACCUUCUUCGUCGAGAUGCAAGCGAGCAGCUGCGGCAAAACCUCUUCUCCAACGAAAGUCCUUCGUUUAGUGAAGUCCAGCCAACACCAGAAUCUAGUUUGUCUCGAGUAACAGAACAGGGUGAAAUUUCUGCUGUCGCGGCCACCGACUCACCAGCGACAUCUAGUAGAAAGAACGGAAAAACGUCGCCGGUUCAGCGUCCCGACUCACAGCAGAGGAAAAAGCCGAAGUGCCGAAAGAAGCCGCGCAAGUCAAGAAAGUGUCGGCGAAGGGGCAGAAAAUCGGGACAUCGCAAGCAAUGUAAAAACCAACCUUGCCGAAAGCGGUCAAAAGGUUCGAAAAGACGGGGCAAGAGGGCGCACGGAAAGGGCAAGGGGCGAAAAGCAAGAGCAUCGUCCGAGACUGCUCAUCCGACGUCCAGCGCACCAACCGAGCGGACUCAUCGAAGAAAGAGAAUGUCACGGUUAAAACAAAACGAAGAUUUAGUUGGGUCGUGACCACCUUAGUAUUGCAACUUUGUAUUCUCUAUGGGCAACUACUUGGCUUCUAAAGCUAAACGGGUUGACAUAUUUGCUGGUCCAAACUGGGGCUUGGCUUAAGUUGUUAAUGGGUUAGAGUUUAAGGAAGCGUCGAGUGUUUGAAGGUUACUUCUCUUCUCAAAUAUUGUGAAUCAUUUGCAAGGGCAAUCGAUAUGUUGCAGCUAUACCUCACUGAAAUUUCGUUCAAUCGUAUUUUCGUGUCUGCGGAGCGCUCAAGAUGUGUAUGUGCGCUGAUAUAAUGAAUGUAGCAUUGAAUGCUAUACGGUUAACCACUACGUACUUCUAUUUAUAUAAUAUAUAUCUAUAUACAGCCUCGUGCGCAGAGUUCAGUAUUUUUGUCCCUAUUUAUUUUUCAGAGCAUUGGUGAUAUUGUUUUCGUACUACACGUUCCUUUGUACGUAUCCUAUAUAUAUGUUCUUGUUUUGUCUUUCUUGCCCACUGCUACUUCAUAUCAACAACAGUUCCGGACACCAAACAAAAAUUUUGCAGGCCUCGUUGCAUUAAUUGCUGUUUACUCCUUUUUACUAUUGCUUUGUAACUUUUUCUACAUUGUACGUUACAACAUAGUUCUUCAACACGUAUAUAGUUCAUUUGGAACAUAUAUCUAUACCUUUGAUAGAUUUUACGCUAAGGUGAAACGUGCUAUUCAUAUUAUAGAGAGACAUAUUUUUGAUACCUGCAUUUUCCGAUGUGUUUGACAAAAACACAUAGAACACGACUCUAUUCACCUACAUACUUCAUUGUACCCCCACCUAUUCAAUAUUACCUAUCUUUUUUUGUGAAACAUCGUGAAGACUGUAUGAUGAUAUACUGUACCCCGAAAACGGGGAAUAAAAACAAAUCAACAGUUAA